AUGCUGCCCUCGCUCUCCCUGCUGCACGCGCCGCUGGAGAUGGAGCAGCAGGCACUGCUGGGAAUCGGUGGCGGCGGCAGUAGCAGCAGUGGCAGCCCACAGGCGGAGCAGCUACCGCAGCCAAACGUGCUGGUGGGAUACGAGGAUGAUUGGCUGGAGGUGGCGCCAGAGGUGCUGCCGCUGUGGCAGGCCACGCCGCUGGCGCCCUUCUCCGGCCCCAAGCCGCUGCUGCACUACCUGGUGUGCCCUGCGCAGCAACUGGCGGAGGCUGAGCAGUUCAUCAAGGACGUGGGGUCGCUGUUUGAGACUUGCAACCUGGGCAGCCACCGGCCCGCUGAUGCCAGUCCAGUGCAUAGCUUCCAGCUGCAGGCGCCGCCGGGCAGCACGACCGCCAGUGAGGGCCUGCCGCUGGCUGCGCACUACCUGCCGUGUCUGCGGCAGGCUUGUGAGCAGCUGCAGCGCCAGCUGCUGCUGGACCCUCCAGAGGAGCUGCAGCAGCAAGGCGCCAGCCUGGAGCAUGGCGCUGAGCCUGCUGUGCUGGUGUACGUGGCAUGCCCGCUGGAGCGGGCAUCGGAGCAGGUGGCGGCGCUGCUGGAGGCAGCCGCCUGCCUGGCGCCCUGCACUCUCCUGGGUGCCACCGCGGGGCCUGGGGGCGACCUGGAUCUGGCGUGCAGUGAGCAUCAGGCGCUGGCACCAGGCGAGCCGCAGCCGCCCGACCGGCCCGCCGGUGCCACCCCCAUGGCAGACAGCAGCAGGGCGGCGGGUGGUAGCCCGCCACUUGAUGAGGCACUGGAAGAAGGAGAAGCGGCGCAGCAGCAGGGGCAGCAGGGGGAGCAGCAGGGGAAGGAGCAGCGGUACCAUGGUGCGGCGCAGGUACUGCACCAGCAGGAGCGGGGCGACUUCCGCCAGCUGCCCCUGCGCAUGGUGCAGCGCCCGGAGCACAGCCGCCCGCUCAACAUCGUGUUGCAGGUGCUGUCCCCCCAGGCUCUGUCAGACAUUAGUGGUACUGCCGCCAAGUGCACCGCGCUGGCGCUGUACAGCAAGGUGCAGCAUGUCCCCGACCACACCCAGCACCAGCUGGCGGCAUCGACGCUGGAGGGUGAGGAGGCGGCGCCCGCCCUGCCGUUCUGCUCCCAGCCCUUGAUGGUCCUGGCGCAUGCGGCGAUGCCGGCCACACAGGACGUGCAGCAGCCCGCCCUUCCUGGGCAGCAGCAGCAGCAGCAGCAGCAGCGGGAGCAGCAAGUAGAGGACCAGCAGCGGCGGCCCGAAGAGGACACUGGCGCCAUGGGUGCAGAGGGCCCAGCACGCAGCACAGCGCCUGCUCUGCCACUCCGCACCCUUCACUGCUUCUAUGCGCUGCCGCCGCCCGGCGCCAGCAUGCUGCCGCUGGCAUUUGCCGACAGCUGCGGCGAGCUGGUGCAUGCCGAGCUGCUGGACACAGCCGCUGCCAGGAUCAGCGGCCUGGGCAUGGCUGUUAGCAGCUCAGAUAGCCUGGUGGCCGCAGAGGCUGCCCCGGGCCGCUCCCCAGCCGCCCAGGCGUGCCAUCUGGUGCUGCGGCGCUGCCUGGAGCUGCUGAGCUUGCUGCGGGCUGCCAGCAGCCCGCCCAACCUGCUGCACAGCAUUGCCAUUGCUGGCAGCGGCAUGGGGGAGGAGGAGCGGCAGGCGUGGCAGCAGCUGGUGGGGCAAGACCCAGGGCUGCAACUGGAGCUGCCAGCUGGCGCCGAGGUGGCGGUGCUGGACCUUCAAGCCCCGCCGCCGGCAAGGUAUGCUGCGCCUGACCCUCCGGCUGGCUGCAAGCUUGUGUAUCAUCAUGGCAGCACGCCGCAGGCAAGCGUGGCUUGGCUGCCGCCGGCUGAUGGCGCCAGCAGCCUGCUUCCGCACGAGCACGACACUGUGCGCUUGCUGCACCUGGCGAUGGUGGCCCGCUGCCCGUCGGAUGACGCGGCAGCCCCGCAGCACAGCGAGGUGGACAGCCUGCGUGGGGCGGCCCGCGAGCUACACGGCCUGGCCUGGCUGCAUGCCGCCUUCCAGGGCGCAUGCCUGCGCAGCACCGUGAGCGGCGGCCAGGCAGCCCCUGCGGACGCUCACCUGCCAUUGCAUGCUGCACUGGCCACUCGCCUGCACUCCCUGCUGGCCACCGUCACCACGCUCGCCCCCACAUAG